CGGGUAGAGAGUGUUGUCCUUCAGUGUAAAAACAGGUUCGUAACGCACAGAACCGGCGACGCUCAACCGUUCAUAUCUUCAUUCCACGCAUCCAUAUCGUGCUUUUCGUAUUCGCGAAGCCAGCAAUCGAUGACUUCUAAUACUGCACACUCGCUACGACGGUUCGUUACGAGCUUUGUUGGUGCGCUGUCCUCCUGAAGCCACAAUAUGGUGUCGUGAUAUUUAUUAUACACAGUACAGCCGCUUUUGCCUUGCUAAAGCUCCGCUGUGAAGUUGUGAACUACCGCCUGCUUGACGUGGCUUCUUCAGAUUCUGCUGCAGAGCUGCACGUAUACGUCGGAUGUCCAGUAAAGCAGUGGUGCGGUGUCGAUGUCGCAGGUGGCCCGUACGUUCUGCUCACCAAAUCUUCACGCAACUCUGCAGGACUUCAAAGGACUUCAGGCGGUCAACGAUGAAGACACUCGUGCUUCUGAUUCUUCCCCUCCUGGUGAGCAGCGCAGGAAACGAUUGCAACGCCACUCUACCGUGGCUGGUAGACCGCAGCAAUCACCCUCAACUCACCGACGAUCAAUUCUCGAGACUUUUGCAGUGUCCAGAGAAUCUCAACGGAUGCAGUGACACUAUACCGUUUUGUUCCUGGAACCAGCACCUAUGGACGUGCUCUUGCGCGGAUAAUUGCGCCGUGUACGGUGAUUGUUGUUGGGAAAAGUCUUCAACACCGCUGGCUUCCAAGCCCCCGUCGUCCUGCACUCGUGUGAAUGUUGAGAAUAAUGUUGAGAAGAGUCUUUACAUUGUUACUGGUUGCCAGAAGACUUGGCCGCAAGACGAAGUGAGGGAUGGCUGUGAAAACCAGAAAAUGUACAACGACGCCUUCUACGAGACGCCUGUAACGAGCGCAAAAGGUGUGACGUACUACAAUGGAUUUUGUGCUUUCUGCAAUUACGAUAUGGAGAAUGUUACCUUUUGGAAUGUUUCAUGCAACUCAUACGAUGAGGAAACAUGCAGUGGAAGCGAACGUCCCGUUGAGGUCGUUUUACCAGGCGUCGUACUCGAUAAUUACAGCACCCAUCUCCGCCCUUGCGGAUACGCAGAUUUCAUCGAGUCAUGCAACAAUGCCAUAAAUGCCGAUGUGGCUCGAAGGUGUCAAACGUACUUCGCUCCAGUGCGAAGUCAUCUCGGUGCAACGUACAAGAACGUAUACUGUGCCAUAUGCAAUGGAGAAGAUCUCUCAAGAGUGGAAUGUUCCCCUCCACAUGUAGUAUUCAACGUGGCCCUAGAGGUGGAGUCGGCAGAUGAUGAAUUCAGGUUUUUUGGGCCAAACUUAGUACAGCUAUUCCGACCGGUUUCAAGCCGUGACGACUGUCGCGUUUGGCAAGGUAACAAGUGCUUCAUUCCCAAGAUUGAGUAUCGCUAUAACGAUUCCUCGGCUGUCACCAACGCCAGUGAUACUAAUGACACCAGCGCCACGAGCACAGAAGUGGUACCUGCAAAACAAAACGUACAGAUUUACUUCACGGUAUUAUGUUUGAACAUCUCGCUUCUGUGCCUCGCCCUGAAGGCAUUAGUGUACGCCAUCUUCAAGGACUCCCGCGGGUUCUCGUCAAAGUGUACGCUAUGCCUUUCUUGUACCCUAUUCUGCAGUCAUCUCCUCUUCUUACUUGCAAACUCCUUCCCUUUGCCAACUUUACCCUGCAUGAUAUCGGCGAUGUUCUUGCACUUUGGCUUCUUAUCUGCUUUCUCGUGGACAACGGUGUUGUCUUUCGACAUCUGGAAGGGUGUAGCAGCCGUGAAGCUUUCCCGUGGCCGAAGGCGAGCCUUCUCGCUGUAUUGUCUUCUAGCCUGGGGCUUGCCCCUGUGUCUUGUGCUGAUGUGUGCCGGAAUAGACUACGCGGUACCCUCGUUCCUACUCGCCCCGCGGUAUGGACAAGCAACUUGUUGGAUUUCGAGCAUCACAGCACAUGCUGUGGUCUUCUUAACGCCGAUAGCAAUAUUGCUUACCUUGAACGCUGUCUUCUACGUGCACAUCGUGGUCCACAUUCACAGAACAAAGAAGCAAGCUGCUGGUUUCGAUUUUCGUGGGGGAGGGCAGGAGUCUCACAUAAAACUGUACGUGAAGCUGGCGUUUAUUAUGGGAGCGACGUGGAUUAUAGGAUUCGCUUGCGUGUACGUAGAGUCGGUUAUCACGGACGUCAUAUUCAUCAUGUUGGUUGGUCUUCAGGGUGUUUACCUGUUCUUUGGGUUCAAGGACUACCGUUGGUUCGUUGAGGCCCUCCGGGGCAAGAGGAGCCUACAGCAAACCACAAAUACUUCUGAAAACGCCACAGCAUCAGAACUGUCGCCCGUCCAAGGAAAGGGGUGGCAUCGCACAUCCGAGUAGUCGUAAGUAUAGAUUCGGGUUCCCUCGUUGAAGCUUUUCUUUUUCUUUUUUUGCUGGAAUUUUCACUAUUUGUCUUAGCGAAACGAAAGUAGCUUUCCAUGUGGUGUGGUGCGAAGUACGUAAGGGAGGAAGUAAAGUGCAAGAGCGCAAUGUUUAUAACAUGCUUCAAAAAUGCUUCUCCCGUGUUGGUUCAGCUUCAAGCGUAGAUAGUCAUGGUGCACUAUUUUCAAAUGUCAAAUUUCAAAUGUUUC